GAGCGGCUGUCAGCCAAAGCCUCCCACCAGCGGGUGCUGAUACCAAGAGUUAUUACACUACAUCGACUUUGCAGGAUGGUAACAAGUUCUCGUUUACCUCGCAAGCGAUGAAUGAAACGAGCACGGAGGGGACCGGACCGAGACCGGCGGAGGUUUUGUUGAGUACGGGCUACCGAGCCCCGUUUACCUGGCAGGUCGGAGGAUGGAGCGAAGGCUAAGCGGCGACGGAAAGCCGUGUGUGUCCUGGUUUGUCCUCGGCCUCCUCUCCCUCCUGGCUGUGCCGGCGAGCUGUCACGCUGCCUGCAAACACCGAGUUCCCUCUCCCAGCGAGGUGAUUCAUCAAGUGCACUUGAAGCCUGAUCGCUUAACCAAAAGAAGUUCUGACGAGCUUCAGUUAAAGAUAAAGAUCAUGUACGACAGCAGCGUUGAUCAGCUUUCUGCAGACAAACGGAGACUAGUGAAGGAGAAGCUGUUUCCUCAGGCCAUCGACUACCUGCAAAGGGCUUUCAGUGUUCGGCGCAGGGUUGGACCUGUGCUGCUCAGCAGACAAUGUGCGACCAAUCAGUACAUGAGGAAGAGAGGUGACCCUCACCGCUACUGCCAGGAGGCGUGUGCAGACGUCACCCGGUGUGGCCCCAUUACUGUACCACCGCACCACCUGCAGCAAUGCAAGGUAUGCAGUGACUCUGGAAAGUCGUGUGGCCCCGUAGGACCCCCAGACGGCUCUGGGGUGGAGGGGUCUGACUUUGUGCUCUAUGUGAGCGGCAUCACCACAGAGCGAUGUGGACAGGAGAACAUCGUGGCCUACGCUGCCUACUGCCAGCUGGAGGCAGAGCUGGACAGGCCCAUAGCAGGGUAUGCCAACCUGUGUCCUGCUAUGAUCUCCUCUCAGCCUCAGGAGUUUGAAGGGAUGCUCUCCACAGUGAAACAUGAGAUCAUCCAUGCUCUGGGGUUUUCAGCUGGCCUGUUUGCUUUCUACCAUGACGAUGAGGGUAAACCUCUGACCCCUCGCUUUGCCAGUGGCCUGCCUGCCUUCAAUGAGAGUCUGGGUCUGUACCAGUGGAGCGAGGCGGUGAUCCGGAGAGUCAGCAGACUGUGGGACAUCAGAGGAGGACAGAUGGUCCGUCACCACGUGCACAUCCUGGUCACUCCUCGGGUCGUGGAGGAGGCGAGGAGACACUUUAACUGUCCCAUCUUGGAGGGGAUGGAGCUGGAGAACCAGGGAGGAACGGGAACUGAACUCAAUCACUGGGAGAAGAGACUGCUGGAGAACGAGGCCAUGACGGGCUCCCACACCCAGAACAGGGUGUUUUCUCGCCUCACGCUGGCCAUCAUGGAGGACAGCGGCUGGUACUGGGCCAACUACAGCCUGGCUCAGAGGCUGGACUGGGGCCGAGGCCUCGGAUGUGACUUCGUCAUGAAAAGCUGCAAGUUCUGGAUGGACAAACAGAGACAGAGGCGACACCCUGUGACGCCGUACUGUGACACGGUGCGAGCCUCUCCUCUGCAGCUCACCUGCAGACAGGACCAGCUGGCUGUAGCUGUCUGCAACCUGCAGAAGUACCCGCAGGAGCUCCAGCUGGAGUACCAGUAUUUUGAUCAGAUUCCGGACGUGGAUGCUGAUCAGCUGUCUUUCUUCGGGGGUGCCAUUGAGAUCGCUGAUUACUGCCCCUUCAGCCAGGAGUUCAGCUGGCACCUCAGUGGAGAGUACCAGAGAAAUUCAUAUUGCAGAGUGUCUGAGAACCAGCCAGACUGGUGGAGGAAUUAUGGAGCAGAGCAGUAUGGACCGGACUCUGUGUGUUUGUACCAGAAGUCGGCCUUCGUUAUGGAGCAGUGCACCCGGAAGAUGACGUACCCGGACUGGGGCUCAGGCUGCUACAAGGUGUCGUGCUCCGCCCAGGGCCUAACGGUGCACGUUCAGGACCGCUCCUUCCACUGCACUAGAAAGGGUCAGCUGCUGAGUGUCAGUGUCCGAGUCAGCGACUGGGUUUACAACGGAGUCCUGAUUUGUCCCGCCUGCACAGACUUCUGCGAUGACUGCCCUCUGCCCCACCAGCUGCUGCCCAUUAACACCACAAGGAGCAACCCUAUCGAUCCCUGCUCCAGUUCUCCAGGUCUGGCCAUCACUCUGUGGCUCCUUCUGCUCAACCUGCUUCCUCUGGUGGCUGGACUGUUGCUCUGCCACUACAGCUGAUAACACGCACACACACGCACACACACACACACACAC